AUGGCCGGGCUGGAACAGCUGUUGACCGCCCCUAACGGCGGGCGAAUUCCCCUGAAUACCGGUCUCUUUAUCAAUAAUCAGUUUGUCAAGGGUAGUUCUUCAGGAAAGUUAGCGUGUCUGGAUCCCGCCACAGACCAGACCAUCGUUGAAGUCGAGAUUGCUACAGCAGAGGAUGUCGACAUUGCUGUCAAGGCAGCCCGUGCAGCGUUCAACGAUCCAUCAUGGCGUGACAUGAUUCCUGAGGAUAGGGCAAAACUCAUGCUCAAGCUAGCGGACCUCGUUGACCAACACAAAGAAGAGCUAUAUUGCCUACAGGCAUGGGAAAUUGGCAAACCAUACGCCUCAUCCAUGGCGAUCGAAUGGCCGCUGCUGACUGCAUGCCUGCGAUACUACGCCGGGUGGGCAGAUAAACUCAACGGUGUCACGAUUCCAAUCAACUCCAAUAAGUUUGGUUAUACUAUUAAACAGCCCGUUGGAGUGUGCGCUGCCAUCGCCCCAUGGAACUUCCCCUUGGUCAAUUGCUCAUGGAAGCUGGGCCCAGCAUUAGCUACGGGUUGCUGCAUCAUUGUCAAGCCAUCGGAGUAUUCUCCUUUGUCUGCCUUGUACCUCGCAAAACUUGUUCUCAAGGCUGGGUAUCCGCCUGGCGUUGUCCAAGUUCUCAAUGGCUAUGGCAAGGAUACCGGUGAUGCCCUCGCACGGCAUUUGGAUGUGGACAAGAUUGCCUUUACCGGAUCAACCGCCACGGGCAAGCAAAUCAUCAAAUCGGCGGCGAUCAACAUGAAAAAGACCACCAUUGAGGCCGGCGGGAAAUCAGCACUCAUCGUCUUUGAUGAUGCAGACCUGGAACAGGCGGCAAAAUGGGCCAUGGCCGGAGGUAUGGGCAAUGCUGGUCAGAUAUGUUCUGCCAAUUCUCGUAUUCUGGUGCAACAUGGCGCAGAAGAAAAGUUUGUCAAGAUCAUGACCGACCUCAUCAAACAGUCCAAGGUUGGUAUGCCCUUUGAAAAUGGGACGACUCAAGGACCACAAGCAUCCAAGAUGCAGUACAACAAGGUCCUGGAUUACAUGUCUCAAGCAAAAGCUGAGGGGGCAAAAUUGGUCGUUGGCGGCGGUCCUCUGGAAGGUUUGGGCAAGGGUUAUUUUAUCCAGCCCACCAUCUAUACCGGUGUUACAAGUGGGAUGAAGAUAUUUCAGGAGGAGGUGUUUGGUCCGGUUCUGUCCAUCACGUCGUUCAAGACUGAAGAGGAAGCUCUGGCACUGGCUAACGAUUCAUCAUACGGCCUGGCAGGUAUGGUCUUUACCAAGAAUAUCAAGACAGCCAUGCGAACGGCAUCUCGGCUACAGACCGGUAUGGUGUGGAUUAAUGAGAGUAAUCAUUAUGAUGUCAAGAUGCCAUUCGGCGGCGUCAAGGAGAGCGGGCUAGGGAGAGAGCUUGGGGCUACCACGUUGGAGGCAUAUCUGGAAGAAAAGGUGGUUCACGUCAACCUUGGGCUGGAAUUGUAG